CACCAUUUCUAACUAAUACUUAGGCCCCAAAGUACCUUAUUCCAACCCAGCCCCCACUACCGCGAUGGCAGCUAUCAAGAACGUCGCCAUAUUCGGUGCAACUGGUGCAUUAGGAGAGGUUCUCGUCCCAGCACUCCUGCAAGCCGACUUCGAGGUGACCUGCAUCACUCGACCGGGCAGUGAAAAGAAUCUUUCCGCCGGCGUAUCUGGAAGAGUCUCCGAUUACUCAGACGUUGAAGCUCUUACAACGGCACUGAAAGGUCAAGACGCGAUUGUCGAAGCGUUCAACCCAGCAGCUGCAUCCUACCAGACCAACAUCUUGCAAGCAGCCCUAGCCACAGGAGUCAGACACAUCAUCACUCCAGACUUCAGUGGCAAUACGUUCCAUCCCAACGCCGAAGAGGCACUCAUAUUCAACCCCAAGUUGUUAGCACAGCGCGAGCUUGAACGCAUCGUCGACGAGUCGAACGGGUCAUUGUCAUGGACGGCAAUCAUAUCUGGCCCGUGGUAUGACUGGACCAUCGAGCGCGGUAUUUUCUGGAUCAAUAAAGAAGAACGUACCAUCACUCGCUACGGCUCCGGAGACCAAAGAUGCAGCAUCAGUCGCCGCGCACUCAACGGCGAGGCCCUAGUUGCUGUGUUGAUCAAUCCGGAGAAGUAUCGCAACAGAGCCGCCUACUUUGCUAGCCAUACGGUAUCGACGAAUCAGUUGAUCACAGUGAUUGAGGAUAUCGGUCUCAAGGAUUGGAAAAUUGUUGAUGUGCUGUUUGACGGCUUUGCGGAGAAGGCUCGUGCUUUGUGGCGAGAGGAUACGGAAGAGGGAGUUGACGAUAGACUCAACUCUAGGGCGUAUGCCGCGCUUUCUACUGUGGCACUUCUAGACGAAGGAAAUGGUUACGGAUCCAACUUCGAGAACGAAGUUGAGUCUGGGUGGGAUGAAGGCGAGGAUACACUGAAGGAGAACUUGAAAAGACUUCUCGAGUAG